AUGUUUGGUAAUAUGUCAUCAAAUCCCACGUUUGGGAAUUCGGUUGGUAACUCGCUUUUUAGUGGGAAUACCAGUAACAAUAAUACUACAAAUACUGGGUUCGGUGCUAGUACAACUAAUCACUCUCCAUUUGGUAUGAACAAUAACGCGAUAAAUAAUAAUGGGAUAGGUAAUUCUUUGUUUGGAGGUGGAGGCAUGUCUAACAACAAUAAUAAUACAGGUUCUAGUAUCUUUGGUCAACCAAAUAACAUAAUGAAUUCAGGAUCAUCGUUAUUUGGUAAUAAUAACAAUAACUCUACUAAUAAUCAAUUUGGUAUGAUCGGUGGAGCUAAUAGUAAUAAUAAUUUGAUGGGUACAGGCAAUGGUACAGCUAUUAAGCCAUUUGCUCCAUUUUUAGAAAAGGACCCAACCACCAAUACUAUGAAUUCUUUUCAAUCUAUUACUUUUAUGCCGGAAUAUAGAAAUUAUUCUUUUGAAGAAUUAAGAUUACAAGAUUACAGGGCUAAUCGUAGAUUUCCAAAUUCGGGCACCGCUGCUACUACUACUAAUCAAUUUGGAAAUACCUCAACAACAUCUACUGCCACUGGAGGAGGGUUAUUUGGUCAGCAGAACUCAACUGGAGGGUUAUUUGGCCAACAAAAUAAUAACAUUAACACUGGCAGUGGAUUAUUUGGUCAACAAAACAACAAUAACAAUAAUAUGAAUAGUGGUGGAUUGUUUGGACAACAACAAAAUAACUCUUUUAAUACAACAAGCAGGGGUCUUUUUGGCCAAAACAAUAAUUCUUCUAAUAAUAUGAGUCCAUUUGGUAAUAACCAACAAAUUAGUUCUGGUUUAUUUGGUCAAAAUAACAAUUCUAACACAAAUAGUGGAGGUUUGUUUGGUCAACAGCAAAAUCCAUUUGGUAGUAACAAUAAUAAUACAAAUACUACUGGUGGAUUGUUUGGUCAACAGAGCAAUAAUAACAAUAAUAUGAAUAGUGGCGGGUUAUUUGGACAAAAACCAAUAAGUACAACUGGUGGUGGAUUGUUUGGACAACAACAAUCUAAUGUUAACUCUUCUAGUGGUGGACUUUUCGGGCAGCAAUCAAGCACAGCAGGAGGUUUCUAUGGACAACAAAAUAAUAAUAAUAAUAACACUAUGAGUAGUGGAGGUUUAUUUGGCCAAAAACCAAUGGGUGCUACCGGUGGAGGUUUAUUUGGUCAAUCAAAUAUGAAUAAUAAUAAUAAUAACACCAAUACUGGUGGUGGAUUAUUUGGUCAACAAAAUAACAACAAUAUGAACAAUGGUGGAUUGUUUGGUCAACAACAAUCUAGUACUACUACAGGCGGUUUAUUUGGUCAAUCGAAUGUUAACAAUAAUACAAAUAGUGGGGCAUUUAAUCAACUAUCUAAUGCAAAUAGUGGGGGUCUUUUUGGUCAACAAAAUACUGCUACUUCUGGAGGUUUGUUUGGUCAAUCCAAUGCUACUAAUACAUCAACUGGUGGUGGUUUAUUUGGUCAGCAAAAUAACAUUCAACAACCAGCUACUGGUGGACUGUUUGGUUCUAAACCUUUAGGUUCAACAUCUACUAGCUUGUUUGGUAAUAAUACUGCACAACAACAGCAACAAACAGGUUUAACUGGGGGUCUAUUUGGUGCAAAACCAAGUACAACUAGUACAGGUGGUUUAUUUGGUAACAUUAACAACAACAACAAUAAUAAUAAUUCUACCUUGAAUGCAGGUGGUGCUACUGGUGGUUUGUUUGGAACAUCGACUUUAGGUGGAACAAAUACAGUAGGUUCAACCACUACCAAUAGUUUAUUUGGAAGCAAGCCAGCUACCUCAUUUGGUUCAACUACAAAUUCUUUUAAUACAUCAACAUCCACUAGCGGUUUGUUUGGAAAUAAACCUACUAAUACAUUUAAUUCAGGAAAUGCUGGCGCCAUUACUGGUGGCUUGAAUGGUAGUAAUAGUACUACAUUACAAACUUCAAAUCCAUCUCAAUCACUGCAGCUGCAACAGUUACUACCACAAUUGGAACAGCAAAAAUUGUAUAUCAGAAAUAAUCCAUAUGGUACUGAUGAACUAUUUUCUAAACUCUCCAAUGGCAGUACGUUAAUUGAAGGUAACAAAGCUGACUCCAUGAUUAUAAAUGCAGAUUUAAAGAUGAAAGCUAGUUUAGCAACAGCGUAUAGAAUGGCUCCUAAAACCUUAUUUGCAGUUAAAGACUUAAAAAAUACCGAAAAUGAGUCAAGUAUAAAAACUAUUGCUAUAAAUAGUGCAAAACAGAGAUUAAGUAUUGCCAAUGAAGCUCACAAUUCAUCUGAUUCAAGUAUGAGUAAAAAUAUUGAGGAUGUUAUUUUAAAUGCUGAUAAACUUCUAUUUAAUCCAGAUAGAAGAUCAUUCAAGAACCUUAUUAUAAACAGAAAAAUGAUGGAAGAAGAUAAAAGGACACAGCAUGAAGAGGCAACAAGAAAGGCUAUUGAAUAUAAAGCAGAUUCAGAUGAAAAAGAAAAGAAUAUUGUAUUAGAGGACAUAAAAGAAACUUCUGCACCUGAUAGAAUUAAAGAACCGGAUGCUAUAGAGAGUCCAAAGUCUAUUAAAGGUGAAUUAGAUAAUAUGUUAAAACCAAAAGGAUGUCCAAAUGCUGACUUUUCCUGGGUUGACGAUAGUUAUUAUAUAUCACCAUCUAUGGAUACAUUAUCUUUGAUGACAUUGUUACAAUUGAAGAAAGUUAGAAAUCUUGUUAUUGGUAAUAAAUAUUUUGGUUUUAUUGAGUUUUUAGAUCCAGUAGAUUUAUCUGAUAUCCCACUAGCCUCUUUGUGUGGUAGACUUGUCCGUUUUGAACAAAAAUCCUGUAUUAUAUAUCCAGAUGCUUCUAGGAAACCAGAACCAGGAAGUGGAAUUAAUGUUCGUGCAAGAAUUACUUGUUACAACUGUUAUCCAGUUGAUAAGGAAACUAGAACCCCAGUCAAAGACAAAGAGCAUCAGUUAGUCAAGAGGCAUAUUAGACAACUCAAAGAAAUUCCUCAUACUAAAUUUGAGCACUAUGAUGUUUCCACAGGUGAUUAUGUUUUUACUGUUGCUAAUGCUGUUUUAUAG